UGGUGACGGUUCUGUCAUCAUAAACUCUGAUGGUUGGAGUGAAGACGGCAUGUUGCAUCUGAAAAAGACCAAAAAGCGCCUUCCCAAGGCAAUUAUCGUCGGCGUUCGCAAGGCAGGGACUCGAGCUCUCCUCGAAAUGCUCAACCUUCACCCCAAAAUCGCCAAAGCUUCCUCAGAAGUCCACUUCUUCGACAUCGCAGAGAAUUACGAGAAGGGACUGGACUGGUAUCGGCACCAGAUGCCGUACUCCUACGCAGACCAAAUCACCAUCGAGAAAAGCCCGGCUUACUUCAUUACAGAAGAGACCCCGCAGAGAAUAUACCAGAUGAACAACACCAUGAAACUCCUGCUGAUAGUGCGAGAUCCGACAGAGAGGGCCAUCUCUGACUAUACCCAGAUCUACUCCCACAAGCAGGAGAAGAACAAGAACUACGACAGGUUUGAAGAUCUGGCUCUGGACCCUGAGACCAAGGAGGUUAACACCCACUACAAGGCAAUAAGGACUAGUGUGUACCACAGGCACAUGUCUCAGUGGUUGAAAUACUUCCCACUAGAACAGAUCUGUGUGGUAGAUGGAGACAAGCUGGUGAAAGACCCAUUGCCAGAGUUGCAGCGGGUAGAAACAUUUCUAGGCUUAGAGAGAUACCUUUCCAACAAAAACUUGUACUAUAACGCCUCUCGAGGCUUCUAUUGUUUGCGGAAUGACACAAUGAACAAGUGUUUGAGCGACAGCAAGGGAAGACAGCACCCUGAUGUGGACCCUAAGGUCAUCGCCAAACUGCACCAUUACUCCGCAACAUAACAAAAUGUUUUACCAAAUGGUCCAAAGGGAGUUUGACUGGCCUUAGUUGCACCCAAAGGUAUUACACCAAAAGGUAUUGGGUAUACAUAGCAAAUUGUCUGUUGUCACAAUACUUAGCACUCUUACCAUCCUGACCUCAUUUAUGACAAUGGCCUAUCCAGUAUCACAGGAUUUGAUUCCAUCCUUGAUUGGCAGAAAUGGGACGUAUGUCAACAGAAGACAAGGAAAACAAACGUGCAGGGAAUCCAUAUUACCACUGUACAACAAACAUGUUUGUUUGAAACAGUCAUUGUUGUUUACUUUUACAUGUGGUUUGGUUUAGUUCAUCCAUGGAAAAAGGUAUAGGGUGCUCGAUUUCUGCCAAUCUGGUGACACACGUGGGUUUUAUCUCAUUGAACUGGAUCGGCUGCUUAUUUAUGUCCAGCAGAUUUAAGCCUCUGCUCCUGAUUGGUUGAAGAGGUGAUGACCAAAUAUAUCCAGCUUCAAUGGGAAGGACUCUCCUGUCAUGUUUACUGGUUGGCCAAUAGUUAAAUAUUUGUUAAUUAACUUAUUUCAAUCUCCACUUGACUGUUCAGUUAAAAAUGUGCCACAAUAACAUUGUUCAUGGUUUAAGUUGCACACAUACAGUGUGAUGCAUUGUAUAUGAUAUGUCAAAGUUGACGGCCCCUUGCAAUACGUAAAAAAUGGCCAGAGGCCUUAACUUGACAUCUUUCUCCAAGUGCACCUGAUUUGUACUAUGAACUAGCUUAUUGUAAAGAUGUAUGAUUGUAAACUAUUCGGGUCAUAUUUUCAAUGACAAAAGCUGUUUCAUUUCAACAUUCUCAUUAACACAGUAUACAAACGGAACAGUACUACUUUUUCACUUACCUCAUAUGCAAGGAAGGCGAAAUUCCUUUCUAUUACCGGUACUUUUCAGUUGUCUCUAUGUUAAAUUAUUCCAUCAAAGCAGAAAACAAACAGAAAGUCAUAACCUUACAUUGAACCUAACAAAGUUAAUUCAGUCUGAUUUAAAACAGUAUCCCAUUUGACCGUUGUCUGGUCACUUUUUUUUCCUCUGGUUCUUCAGAUGUCAGCGAUAGAACAAACAGUGUGUUUACAAACGUCCAAUUCUAACACCUCACAAAUUGCAGUGUAAAAAUUAUUAGAAUUGGGCCAAAG